AUGAGCUUUCAACGGCCCCUCCAACCGCCUCAGGCGCCUCCUCUAUUCAACGCGACGCCCACCUCGCUUCUUCAAGCCACGGAGCGGCUCAUUCAGCCUCUUCGUCUGGUGCAGCGCGAAAUAAUCGAGCAGAUUCGGGCAGAUAACGCGACUUUUACCAAUGUUAUUCUGCCGCUUGUGCACGCUGAGAAUGCCGUGGCUCGAGAAGCCCACGUGCUUAUUUUCUACAAAUCGGUAUCCCCUGAUUCAGAGCUGCGCAACGCUUCGAGAAAGGCUCAAACGCUUCUUGACGACUUCAUGGUUGAGAGGGCCAUGGACGACGCCAUUUUCACGCUGAUCGAUGCUGUGCUGCGGAAAGCUGAAGACCUAGAUCCGGAGUCUCUACGACUAUUGAGAAAGAAGCACAAUGAACAUGUGCGGAACGGCUUGAAUCUGCCGCCUGGGGCGCAGAGAAAGCGCUUCGCCGAAAUCAAAAGCCAACUGAGCCGACUGACUGUCAAGUUCCGGGAGAAUAUAGACGAGACAGAUGACGGGAUGUGGCUUACCCCCGAAGAGCUGGAUGGAUUGCCUGAAAGUGUUAUUUCACAGCUGGAAGACGGGCAAGGGGAGAACAAGGGAAGGUUGUUCGUAUCGUUUGCACUCCCAUCCUUCUACCCGACACUCAGGUUUUUGAAGAGAGCCGAUGUUCGGCGGCGCUUCUACAUUGCCGGGCACAAUGAGUGUAACCAGAAUGUCCCAAUCUUCCGGGAAAUUGUGCUUCUUCGCGAUGAAGCCGCUCGUCUUCUGGGGUAUUCCAGCCAUGCGUCAUUUCGCCUGGAGGAAAGAAUGGCCAAAACACCUGCAACGGUUAAUAAGUUCUUGGAUAACCUACGAUUGAGACUAGCAGGUGGUGGCCAUCAAGAGACUGAAGCCCUGCGGCAGCUCAAAAAGCGGGACAUUGAAUCUCGGGGAGAAUCGUUUGACGGUCGAUUUUUCGAUUGGGACUUUUCAUAUUACAAGCGGGUGAUGCUAGCGACUCAGUACUCGGUCGAUCAGCAGAAGGUUGCGGAAUACUUCCCCUUGCAGGUUACUAUUUCCGGCAUGCUGUCUACUUUUGAGAAACUAAUUGGUCUUGUUUUCCACAAAAACACAACAGACCUUUAUGAACAUGGUCAAGAAUAUUUCUGGCAUGAGGAUGUUCAACUGUUCAGCGUCUGGGAUCACGCGAAGCAAGGUGGCGGAUUUGUCGGCUACCUGUACUUGGAUCUUUUCCCUCGUGAAGGGAAAAAUGGGGGUGCGGCAAACUUCAAUGUGAUACCGGGUUUCAGUCGGGAGGACGGUACUCGCCAGUACCCUGUAACGGCGAUGGUAUGCAGCUUUGCCAAACCUACGUCCCAGAGUCCCAGUCUAUUGAGGCACGAUGGAGUGGUUACCCUUUUUCACGAGCUGGGCCACGGCAUCCAUGACCUUGUAUCGAAGACCACAUACGCCUGUUUUCAUGGCACAGAGACUGCCUUGGACUUUGGUGAAGCUCCCAGUCAGAUGCUCGAGAAUUGGUGCUGGGUGCCAUCUCAGCUAAAGGCCCUUAGCAAACACUACUCGUCCCUUUCACCAGAGUAUUUACAAUCCUGGCAAUCGAAGUCAGACGAAAGUCAGAGACCGCCGCCUGAGCGGAUGCCGGACGACAUGAUCGAGAGCUUAGUCAGGUCAAGGUACGUGAAUGGCGCAUUGUUCCAUCUGAACCAGCUCUGCAUCUGCAUUUUCGAUAUGGCGGUCCACCACCCCGAGAGCCACAGCGCGAUAGAGAACAUGAAUAUAUCUGCGACCUACAACAAGAUACAAAGCGAGAUAUACCCGCCAGAUGGCCCAGAGGCUGUGGGCUACGGUGACGAAUGGGGCCAUGGUUACGUCCGCUUUGGACACUUGGUCGAUGAAUACGACGCGGGAUAUUACAGCUAUUUAUUUUCCAAGGUGUACUCCGCCGAUAUCUUCCACACUAUUUUCAAGGCGGAUUCAAUGAAUGCAGAGGAGGGUCGGAGAUACCGAUAUACUGUCCUGGAAAAGGGGGGGAAACAAGAUGAGAUGAAGACCCUUACAGAACUUCUAGGCCGGCAGCCCAACAUGGACGCAUUCCAAUUGGAGCUCGGUCUCGAGUGA